CAGACCAUGGAAUUUUGUAAGCCCUGAAGGACUCCGUCUUAGAUGCGUCCGACGGCCCCAUGGAAAUGAGGCAACUUCGAGCGCAGAUUGGUGCCGUCGCCAAGGCAGAUGGUUCUGCUGUUUUUGAGAUGGGUAAUACUAAAGUAAUUGCUGCAGUGUAUGGGCCAAGAGAGGUUCAAAAUAGGAGCCAACAGCUCAGUGACCAGGCAUUGGUACGAUGUGAGUACAGCAUGGCUAAUUUUAGUACUGGAGAUCGCAUGAGAAAACCGAAGGGUGACAGGCGAUCAACAGAAAUAUCUCUAGUUAUUCGUCAGACAAUGGAGGCAUGCAUAUUGACACACUUGAUGCCUCGUUCUCAGAUAGAUAUUUAUGUGCAAGUUCUUCAAGCUGAUGGAGGAACUAGAUCUGCAUGUAUCAAUGCUGCAACUUUGGCCCUGGCUGAUGCUGGAAUCCCCAUGCGCGAUCUUGUCACUUCUUGUAGUUCUGGAUACCUCAAUAACACUCCUUUGCUUGAUUUGAAUUAUGUAGAAGACAGUGCAGGAGGUCCAGAUGUUACAGUUGGAAUUUUACCUAAGUUGGAUAAAGUUACUCUCCUUCAGAUGGAUGCUAAGUUGCCAGUAGAAAUCUUUGAAAAUGUUAUGCAACUUGCUAUUGAAGGCUGCAAGGCAAUCGCGAAGUACAUUGGAGAAGUGUUAUUGGAGAAUACCAAGCAACUAGAAUACCGAAGAAGCUUAUAGUUUAUUAUUAAUAAUUAGGUUGCAUUAGCGAUCACAACAAGGCAAAAUUUAGCUUAGCUUGGAAGUCCUUUACAGAUGAUUGAAUUGGCAGUUUUCAGUUAGACCUGUGUGUGCAUGUUUGCAUACAUUUUGCUGUUGUUGCUUGAGAUACUUCGUCUUGUUAUUUCCAUUAGUAUUUGAACCGCAAAUUAUAUAGCACAGGUUGGAAUAUAUUUUAAUAUUAAUAUUAUUUUCAGUCUGGAGGAAAAUCUAUUAUUACCCAAUUUGUCUGUAGAAAUAGUCAAAGACUGCUCGCCAUGGAAUGUAUAACUUAUUGUUGAAUA